CCUACUGGUCCCCUUGCCAUUCCGCCGCUCCGUCGCAGCAUUUUCGCUCUUUUUCUCCUCUCCAGCAUCGGACGCUCCUUUUUCCACUUCCGAACCCCGUUCCUUAACAAGAAGCGCCCCCCCCCCGCGCCUGCGCGUACACAGCCCUAUCAAUCGAAACCCAGCCGCGAUAACAUUGCAUCACCAUCACAACCACCACCAGCCAUCACCACCAUGAGGCUCACAGCAACCAUUGCAGGGCUUCUUACCCUUUCCGCUACCUCUGCGCUGGCGCAGACAACCUCCACUACCGCCUCGGCGGCCGCGUCAACAAGCACGUCGACAUCAUUGAUCCCAACUGGCAUUUCUGCAAUGUGCACACAAUUCAUGACAACCCUCAACGCCGAUACGGGCAUCCAAGCAUGCACCUCGCCGCUGCUCCAGGCCACGUCGUUCUACGCAGACGCAAAAGCUAGUGCCAAGAACUCUACAUCGAACCAGGACUCAAAGGAUGCAUUGACGCAGUCGCUCGACCAGCUUUGCAGCCCAACAGCGGGCUGCCAGGCGGACCUGAUUCGCAAGUACCUGGCCGAAUUCUGGGUCAAGUGCAGCCCAGAGAUCAAGGCACAGAACAAGGGCGUUCAGGAUGUCUACGACGUCCUCUAUCUCAUCAACCCUUUCCACGAUGCAGUCUGCACCAAGGACGACAACAACAACUUUUGCGUGCUCAACAUUGCUUCGGAUGCUGCCAAGUCGAGGAAGCGGUCCGUGAGCGAGCACAGCAGCGCUCCUCAACCACAGCAACUUGACCGUCGCCAGACCACUACAGCCAACACGACGGGCGACGAUGCAUCCGACACGGCGACCAGCAUCGACACGGACAGCCUGUCUUCCUCAAACAUUGCCUUCCUCUUCCUCCAGCCAGAUGCUGGCAAGGACGUGCUGUGCACAUCCUGCAGCAAGAACAUCUUGGCGUCGUACAUCAAGUUUGAGACUUCGGUCCCCUACGCCAUUGGCCUGACAAAUUCCGACAUUCUCAAGGGCCAGAGCGACUUGUACAAGAGCAUGAAGACCACAUGCGGCGACAGCUUCACUACCCAGAUUAACCAGGUUGCCGGCACAACUGCCUUUGCCGCCGUCGGUGGCGCGCGACAAGCCUUUGGUGUCGAGGCGUGGUCGGCCAUGGCUGCAUUCAUGGUGGCUGCCGGAGCACUGCUCGUCUAAUUCGAUGGCAACCAGGACACGUCACCAGCACCCGCACCCCUCUCUUUUCUCGCCAGCCUCUGCGAGGUCGUCUCUCUUUUUUUCUCUCUCUGCUUUUGUAUCUGUUUACGGCUCCGCAUUUACUCCUUGCGCGCAAUGGGCCCCUCUCCUUCUUUCCCUCUUUGGUCUUUUCUCUUUUCGUGACAUCUUUUUGAUAAUUGAAAGAAAGUGUACAAGAA